AUGCCAUCGAUUGAACAACAAUUAGAAGAUCAAGAAUUAUAUUUAAAAGAUAUUGAACAGAAAAUAUUUCAAACAUUAUCCAAAAUAAACAAAACAACCCUUGAAAAUGAUAAUGAUUUCCGAAAACAAUUUGAAGAAAUUCCUCAAGAUUCAAAUACCACUGAAAGUAACAAUUUAACUGAUUUAACAAUUACUGAAUUGAAUAAUAAAUUUGAAAUCGUUACUGACAAUUUACAACAAUUGAAUGAAUUACAAGAGAUCAAUUCUAAAUUAAAAGAAAUUGAAACGUAUUUGGGGAAACCGAAAACAUUACAAAGUAUAUUAGAUUUACAAUAUUUAAAUAAUUUAUUUAAACAAAUCAUCAUUGAUACAAAUUCUCAAUAUAUAAUAUAUAAACAAAUCAAGAAGCGAGUCGAUUCACUUUAUGAAAAUUUUGUUAAUCAAUUGAAUGAAUAUUUAACUAUUCUUUUAAUUCCUGAUCCAUUGACUAUUACUAAUAUAGCAAUUUUACAAGAUUUCAAUCGGUUUUUAUUGAAAAAUGGACAUAAUAAUAUGAAUGCAUACGAUAAAUAUAAGGAAAAUUGGGAUAAAUUAGUGGAUUCAAUAUUGGGGGACUCCACCCCCACCCCUUCAAAACAACUUAGUUUGAUUGUUGAUGAAUUGGAAGAUACUAUUAAAUUAGAAAUUGUAUCAGACAACGAGGACAACAAUUUCAUUAAAUCAAUUACUAAUUUAAUUAGAUUUAUAAAUGAAUUACAAUAUCCUAUAAUCAAAAAUUAUUUAAAUUCUAAAAUUUCUAAAAAUUUAAUUGAUAAAAUUUCCAUCAAUAUAAAUCAAAUUAUUAAUGAUAAACAACAAUUGAAUGAUUUAGAUGAAUUAGUGAAAUUAUGUCAUGAAACUAAUUGGAAUAUAUUAUCAAGAAUGGAAGGAAUAGGAAAUGGUGGUGAUGAUUCUUUACAAGAAAAAUUGAAUAAAUUACAUCUUGAUUGGAUUGUUGAUAAUUAUGUUGAUAAAAUUAAAAAAAUUUAUAAAUCUGAUGCCAUAAAACAAACUGAAUUGAUUGAUUUUGAUAGUGGUAAACUAGAAAAACAAGAAGAGAAACCAACAAAAGACGACAACGAUGAAGACGAUGGGUGGAAUGAUAAUUGGGAUGAUGGUUGGGAAGAAGAAGAAGAGGCAGAAGCCAAUCCAAGUGGGAAAGUACCUGAUACGGAUACUUCAAGUGAAAAAAUAGUUAUCACUAAAAUUCCUUUUGAGUUAUUGAAACUUAUCAAUGAAUUUAGUAAAUAUUCACUGGAUUUGAAUUAUCUAAUAACUUCAAUUCAAGCAUUAUCAACAAUAGAAUAUCCUUCAUUAGCAAAUUCAUUUUUAUUACUCAACGAUUUGAAUUAUUUGUCUUCCAAGUUAACUUCCCUCCAUGGGUAUAAUGAUGAUGAUGCUCAAAAACUAAUCCAAUUUGUCAAUUGUAAUUGGAAUCAAGUACUCAUUAAAUUUUAUCUGGAAUUGAAAAUUGUAUUAUCGUCAUUAAAUUUAGAAAAUGAUGAAUCGUUAAGUAAUUCUGAUGAAUUAGAUGAUUAUAAUUUAAAUCAAUUAAGUUUAAUUUAUAAAUGGUUUAAUAUUUUAUUUGAAGAAAAACAAUUAAAAUCAACUAAUCGACCAAAAUUUAUUUUAGUAGUGAUUGAUUUAGUUGAAUUUAUAAAUAAUUGGUUAAUUCAAAUGAUUUUUAAUCUUGAUGAUAUAAGUGAAUUUCAAUGUACUAAAAUAACUCAUAUUAUUGAUAAUAUUAAUAAUGUCACCAUACCAUAUAUUCAAGAAUUGGGUAUUAACAAAAGUUCAUCAUCAAUUGAAUCAUAUGAUAAAUUAAAUAAUGUUAAAUUUUUAAUUAAUAAUCAUUUAAAAGAUAUUAUGGAAAGAUUUUAUCAAGGAGAAUUAUUUAAUUUAGAAACUCAAGAAUUAGUAAAUAUGAUAAAAUCUAUUUUCAUUCAAAGUGAAUUAAGAGAUAAUUAUAUACAAGAAAUAAUUGAAUUUCGAAACAUGAGCUAA